GCGCAUGGCACGUUGCGUACCUCCUCCCAGCAACCGACCCGGCGGCAGCGCGGCCGUAAACUAAGGAGGCGGAGCUGAGACUGGGUCGGGACUACUUGCUUACUCCAGGACCAGGUUUAAAUUUUUGAAAUUGAAGUAGGUCCUCACAUUAGGAACUCAUGUCUUUUCUUGUAAGUAAACCAGAGCGAAUUAGGCGGUGGGUCUCGGAAAAGUUCAUUGUUGAGGGCUUAAGAGAUUUGGAACUAUUUGGAGAGCAGCCUCCGGGUGACACUCGGAGAAAAACCAAUGAGGCGAGCUCAGAGUCGAUAGCAUCCUUCUCUAAACAGGAGAUCAUGAGUAGCUUCCUGCCAGAGGGAGGGUGUUACGAACUACUCACCGUUAUAGGCAAAGGAUUCGAGGACCUGAUGACAGUGAACCUAGCAAGGUACAAACCAACAGGAGAGUAUGUGACGGUGCGAAGGAUUAACCUCGAAGCGUGUUCCAGUGAGAUGGUGACGUUCUUGCAGGGGGAGCUCCAUGUCUCUAAACUCUUCAGCCAUCCCAAUAUCCUGCCCUAUCGAGCCACCUUUAUCGCAGACAACGAGCUGUGGGUUGUCACAUCAUUCAUGGCGUAUGGCUCUGCAAAGGAUCUCAUCUGUACACACUUCAUGGACGGCAUGAACGAGCUGGCCAUCGCUUACAUCCUGCAGGGGGUGCUCAAGGCCCUGGACUACAUCCACCACAUGGGAUAUGUGCACAGGAGUGUCAAAGCCAGCCAUGUUCUGAUCUCUGCCGAUGGGAAGGUCUACCUGUCCGGUUUACGCAGCAACCUCAGCAUGAUCAGCCACGGGCAGCGGCAGCGCGUAGUCCACGACUUUCCCAAGUACAGUAUCAAGGUUCUGCCUUGGCUCAGCCCGGAGGUCCUCCAGCAGGUCUGUGCCCUGGGUCUUGAGGAGAAUCUUCAGGGUUAUGAUGCCAAGUCCGACAUCUACAGCGUGGGAAUCACAGCCUGUGAACUGGCCAAUGGCCACGUCCCCUUUAAGGAUAUGCCUGCCACCCAGAUGCUGCUGGAGAAGCUGAACGGCACUGUGCCCUGUCUGCUGGACACCAGCACCAUCCCCGCUGAGGAGCUGACCAUGGGUGCCCCACGCUCAGCGGCCAACCCUGGCCUGAGUGAGAGCCUGGCCACCAGCACCCCCAGGACCUCCAAUGGCGACUCGCCCUCCCACCCCUAUCACCGCACCUUCUCGCCCCACUUCCACCACUUUGUGGAGCAGUGCCUUCAGCGCAGCCCGGAUGUAAGACCGAGUGCCAGCACCCUCCUGAACCACUCUUUCUUCAAGCAGAUCAAGCGACGUGCCUCAGAGGCUCUGCCUGAGCUACUUCGUCCUGUCACCCCAAUCACCAAUUUUGAGGGCAGCCAGUCUCAAGAUCCCAGUGGAAUCUUUGGCCUGGUAACAAACCUGGAAGAGCUGGAGGUGGAUGACUGGGAGUUCUGAGCCUCUGAAGAAGGUGCGCGUUCUCAUCCCAGGCCGUGAACCUCCAGGGACCCUUCCCAAGGGCUGGCCACAUCCCCACACGCCUGGGUGCAGCCUGGGGAAAGGAUAUUUCUGCCAGGAGAGUUGGCUGCUUACUGACUGGGAAGGAAACUCCUGGAGAGAAACUUGGCUUUACUGUUCCAAGGCUUUUGAGACACAAGGGAGCCCCAACAACCAGGGCUCGGGAGGGGCCGGAAAGCUGACGUUCCCAGGCCUGUGAGCUCAAGUGACCUGACUUGUUCAGAAGGAAGAGAUGCUGCUCUGGCCCUGGGGGCUGAAGUCCAAGCCCAGGACUUAAGACACCCACCCAGAGCUGUAAGACUUCUUCCCACUCUAGCUCUCCUACCUAGUUCCAUUUUUUGCCUCUGCUCUCAGAUCCUAUAGGUCCAUGGAGGGGUGAACAAUAAGACCCCCUCCCCUCAGACCUCUUCCUAAUAACUGAAGGGAAGGGUAUUUUUAUUUUAUUUUAUUUUAUUUUUUCUUUUGAAGCACUAGGUGAAAGCUGAGGUAGGCCGUCAUCAUCCCCCUUUUCGCUUGGGCCCUGAUACCUAAAACCUUCCCUUGGUUCAUCUGUGGAGCUCAUUCCUUUCCCACCAAGAGUCCAUCUUGCUGCCUCCUGCCAGCUGCCUCAGUGCUUCCUCCAGGGGCCAUAAUGUCUUGCCUCGCCUGAGGGCCAGUGCUUCUGCUGUGUUAGUUUACUUGCCAGAACAAAUUAAAAUUUCCAGAGAGUCCA